AGUUUGGUCCGGGAGGGUGCGCGCUUUGGCUGCCUGCGUGCGGCAACCUGCGACCCUGUGGAGCGCCAGCGGCGUGCGCGGCUGCGGCAGCAGGCAGACUGCUCAGCGAGUGACUGUCCCAGCGUCUGGCUCGUCGCAGCGUGUGUUUCAUUACUGCCCGUCCAAAGUACGGGAUAACCGCAGUGCGCUUUUGAACAAGAAGAAGGCUGCAGGAGGCUGCUCUUGAGAAGAGUCGACGUACAUAUUACUGGAGAUUCCACAUCCUGUUUCGAUUACGACGGAUUUAUCCCGCUAGCACUGUCAGACAAAAGUGAAGACUAUAUAGUGUUGGGACUGUCCCCUCUCAGGAAUGACCCAGUGUGCUGUGCUGCAGGCGAAACUCUAAAAUACCUGCUCCGUCGCUACUGCAUUGCUUGCAAGUAAGAAAUUACACGGUGAAACUGAAAGACUUUGAAAACGCUUCGUCUUCGGUACAGGAGAAAUGCGUUGCGUCGUUGCGAACUGAAUCGCGUCAGUGGUUUUCUCAAACAAAACAAAACACGGUUUUGUGGCAGACUUUUUUUCUUCCUGCUAUUUUGCUUAAGUUUGUGAAAAAUUACUGUGCGUUGUCGUCACCCCAUGAAGAUAGCAUUUUUCCUAACAUAACAGAAUUUUCAAGGCAUUCUGGCCUUUUGGUGAACCAGAUUUUGCUUAACUGCUCAUAUGUGAAAAACCGAUCUUUUAAAGGAUAUGACGAAGCAGUUAACAGAGAAUUUGGAUGUUCUGUCUGAAGACAUAUAAAGUCUGCUUUGGGACGUGUUUCUAAAGGGAUUUAAUGCAGCAUCUGGCAAUGGGAAAAACAUAGUGUCAUCGGUAGCUAACUGCUAAACCGGAGACUUGAAGUGUAUCGACGGAAAUCUACAGUGAGAAGACGCCUGGGAAGUAGCCGCAUUUGAUCCUAGCAACAUACGACAAUGUCGACGCGGAGGGUGAACGGCGCCCAUGAGGAAUCUUCCAUCUUCACUAUCAAGCCGGUGUCGGGGUGCUGGCCGCCGCUGCCGUCCGCUGUGAAGCUGGACUCGCUGCUGACGUGCCCCUCCCUCAACCUCAACGUCAGCAUGCCCUCCUCGCUCAGGACACGCAAAGGGUGGUGCGGCUGUCUCCAGGAUGCCGAGCCGCCAGAGAUCACAUACUGCGUGGUGGAGCAGGCAGGCACGCUGUCGCUCACCCCGACACAGCCCAUGCCUGCCCCAGAGGAGCUGGACGCCAAGUUUGCAGAGCUCGUGGAGGAGCUCGACCUGACGGCACCGAACAAGGCGGCGAUGCUGAGUUUGCCUCCGGAGAAGAAGUGGCAGAUAUACUGUAGCAAGAAGAAGGACCAGGAGGGAGAAACGGACCUGUCUCACUUGCCGGAGCACUACAUAGAGCGCGUCAAGGCUCUUGCCAUGCUUCAAUUUCCAACAGUGGACGCAGACGAUGAGGUGCGGUCCCGCACACGGCAGCUGGAUGCACUGAAGACAGCGCUGCGCACCCAGCCGCACAGCUUUGUACUGCGCUUUGUGGAACUGGAUGGUCUGCCCGCACUGCUCUCCUUCCUGGGGGGCAUGGACUACCAGACAGCACAGAGUUCUGUCCACACCUCACUCAUCGGCUGUGUCAAGGCACUCAUGAACAACUCGAACGGUAGAGCGCACGUACUGGCACAUCCCACAGCUAUCGACACAAUAGCGCAGAGCCUGAGCACAGAGAAUGUCAAGACAAAGAUUGCCGUGUUGGAGAUCCUUGGUGCUGUGUGCCUGGUGCCCGGUGGGCACCGCAAGGUGCUGCAGGCGAUGCUCCACUAUCAAGCGUAUGCAGCCGAGCGCACACGCUUCCAGGGCAUAGUGAAUGACUUGGACAGGAGCACAGGCAUAUACCGUGAUGAAGUGAACUUGAAGACAGCCAUAAUGUCAUUUGUGAAUGCCGUCCUCAACUACGGGCCCGGCCAGGAAAACCUCGAGUUCCGUUUGCACCUGCGCUAUGAGUUCCUCAUGCUCGGCAUCCAGCCCAUCAUUGACAAGCUCAGGGGCCACGAGAAUGAGACACUGGAUAGGCAUCUGGACUUCUUUGAGAUGGUUCGAAAUGAAGAUGAGAAAGAGUUGGCCAGGAAAUUUGAAAAGGAGCACAUAGACACAAAGAGUGCGACGGCAAUGUUUGACCUGUUACGUCGCAAGCUGAGCCACACGGCAGCCUAUCCCCACCUUCUGUCAUUGCUCCAUCACUGCAUUCUACUGCCAUUGGACUAUGGUUCCCAUCCACAACACUGGCUGCUGUUUGAUCGGAUAGUGCAGCAGCUGGUCCUCCAAGGGGAAAACAGCAACAACCCUGAUGUGGCUCCCCUCCAGAUCAACGUCAAAGAGCUGGUGCACUUGCUUGCAAAGGAAGAAGAGUUGGUGGCUGCAAGAAACAGAGCAGAUGAACUGGAGAAGGAAAAUGCAGAUCUCGCCUCACGGUUGGCGAAGAAGGAGCAGGAACUGGAUCUCCGACUGCAAGAAAAGGAAGACAUGGAGACAAACUUACAAAGAGUCAAGGAGAGGCUCGAGAAGGAGACGGCAGCCCACCUAGAGAUGAAGCAGCGCUGCUUGGAGCUGGAAGACCGUGCCUGUGAGCUGGACCGACAGGUGGCCUCAGAGAGGGGGGAGAGGCAUCGCCUGGAACGGCUUGUCAGCUCGGGGUCGCUGCCAGAUGACGCCAAGGUGGUCGGGCUGCGCUCGGGACUCGGGGACGGCUAUGACAACCGACUCGCCCCGACGACGCCCCCAGAUGGCAGUGGCAGCCCUGCACCCCCACCGCCACCCCCACCUCCGUUGUCUGCCACCCCAGCACAGACACAGUGUCUCUCCUCCUCAGUUCCUCCCCCACCACCGCCUCAGGCUCCUCCAACUGCACCUCCGCCCGUACCUGUACCCUCUCUCACACCUCGGCCAGAGAAGAAUGUGCCACAGCCUUCCAACCCACUUAAGUCGUUCAACUGGUCCAAGCUGCCAGAUUCCAAAGUCACGGGCACUAUCUGGUCAGAACUGGAUGACAGCAAGCUGUACAUGGCAAUGGACCUUGAGAGCAUAGACAAGCUUUUCUGUGCCUAUCAGAAGAAUGGGAUUACAAAUGAAGGCUCUGUAGAAGAUCUAUCAAAGCUGGGCAAGAACCGCACAAAAGUCAUCUCAGUAAUAGAUGGUAGACGUGCCCAGAAUUGCACCAUCUUACUGUCCAAGCUUAAAAUGUCAGACGAAGAAAUUUCUAGAGCCAUACUAAGCAUGGACAGCAGGGACCAGCUCCCAAUCGAUAUGGUGGAGCAGCUGCUUAAGUUCACACCAUCAGCAGAAGAGGCUGCUCUGCUGGAAGAGCACGCAGAGGAGAUUGACAGCCUGGCACGAGCUGACCGCUUCCUGUACGAAAUAUCAAAGAUUGGCCACUACGAGCAGCGGCUAAGGAGCCUGCACUACAAGAAGCGCUUCACAACAUCAGUGUGCGAGCUGGAACCACGCGCAAGGGCAGUGCUGGAGGCCUCGCGGGAGGUAGCGCGGUCACGGCGCCUGCGGCGUCUGCUGGAAGUGGUGCUGGCAUUGGGCAACUAUAUGAACCGCGGUGCACGUGGCAAUGCCCGUGGUUUCCGCCUGGCCUCCCUGAACAGGCUGGCCGACACACGGUCCAGUGCAGCUCGCGGUACUACUCUGCUGCACUACCUCGUGGAGGUGCUCGACAAGAAGUUCAAAGACAUUCUGAAACUGGAUGAAGACCUCCCUCAUGUAAGGGAAGCUGCAAAAGUCAGUAUGGGGGAACUCGAGAAGGACAUGUCGGCGUUGAGGGGAGGCCUGAAGGAGGUGGAGCGGGAGAUCGAGUUUCACAGAUCGCAGGCAUCUGUGGUGCCAGGAGACCGCUUCCUGCCCGUCAUGAGGGAGUUCCUGUCCUCUGCCACCUGCCGCUUCUCGGAACUCGAGGAUCUCUUCCAGGAUAUGAAGACACGGUUUGACCGGGCUGUUCGGCUAUUUGGAGAAGAUAAUGCUGCGUCAGUACAGCCAGACGAGUUCUUUGGUAUCUUUGAUGCCUUCCUGAAUGCAUUCAAUGAAGCUCAUCAGGACAAUGAGAAUCUCCGAAGACGGAGGGAGGAAGAAGAAAGGAGAGCAAUACAGGAAGCAGAAUUGAAAAAGCGCACAAUAGAACGCAAGAGCUCUCGGGAAAGCAUCCUAGCUCGAGUAGGUUCUUCACUCCGUAAUGGCCUGAACAAUGGCACUGUGCCCGGCCCUGAUGGCCGGAUUGCCAUAGGUCUGCGGCGCCGUGAGAGUGAUUCAGCAGCCAAGGGGGAGUUUGACGAUCUGAUAUCAGCCCUACGGACUGGAGAUGUCUUUAGUGACGAUGUUGCCAAAUUUAAGCGCAGCCGCAAGGCUCGAAUGAACGGAUCGCCUCCCGGAUCGUCUGUGGACGGUGGUCGAGAGAGAGUUGUGACCGCUGUCGGUGGUAACAUGCGCCUUGGCCAGUAGGACCUACACGGCUGCCCUGUGAAGAGCAUACGGUCUCAGGAAAGGAAACAGGGAUCAACAUAAUCCAGCACGUGCCAUGGCAAUGGUUUUCCUGUCCAGAAUACUGUGGUGGAAAAUGGAUUGCUUCAUCUUACACUGUGUAAAGUCUGAAUUUUUAAACACAUCAUUUUUGAUUCUGACAAGAAUUCAACU